AUGAGCCUGUUUUGUGAUAUCUUCAAAGGUUACCCUGCUGCUUUGGAUUUGUAUAUCAUUCACUUGUCUUUUGAACACUAUGAGGCCCUGCCUAUCAUCCGUUGGGACAUUAGCUGGGCGGCGGAACUGAUUAAACAGGCCGGGGAACACCCAGAACAGCUCAAGUCAAUACUUGGACAUCUGCGUUGGUUUUUAAAAGGCGCUGCAACUGCUGCAAGACCAGACUGCGUCGAGGCAUACCCUGCGCUUGGGUUGAAGAUUCGUUUCCCGGGAGGCCAAGAGGCGAUAACCGUCCCCACGCAUGCAUUUAUUACUCUCCGAUAUAUCCGAUCAACUCCUCUCCUUCCAAUUGCAGACCGAUCUGGUCACAUUAGGAUGAAACUGACUCGAUACUCCCCCAUCAAAAGUGGGUUAUCUAUGUGA